AUGAGAAAAACAGAGCACUAGAUGAAUUUGCUGGAAGUCAAGGACCUGAAGGAGCAAUCUAAGUUAGGAUUUAGUAACUAGCGCUUUGCAAGUGAAGCAUACUUGAACUUCAAAUACUACGAAUAAGCUCUAGAUCAUUUGACAACUGCUCUGAAAUUGAACGGUAGUUUGUUCUCGAAACUAGAGGAGACUAAGCAGUUCCAUUCACAUAUCCUUACUCUCCUUGGAAAAUGUUAUAUGGAGGCUGGAAAUCACAAAGAUGCUUUGUCUUUGAUUGAGAAAUCCUUGAAAAUGAACAAGCAAGUGUAAGGUGAAGAUCAUCCAUCCAAUUGUACAAUUAUGAUUGCAAUGGCUCAUGUCUAUCUCAAGAUGAAGGACUUUGACAAUGCUACGAACACUCUGUUUACUGUCUGGGAGAUAUCAUAGGCAAAAUUUGGUGACAACAGCGAGGAAGUAGGUCAAGCCUAUUAUGAAUUAGCUAAUGCUCACCUUAAGAAGAAGGACUAUAAUGAAGCAAUAAAGUACCAAAGAAAGGCACUUCAAGUUUAUUAGGGUUUGGAAAACUUCAGAGAUAGCGAUCAUAUUGCUAAUAUUGCUAUAACUUUAAGUAAAUGGCUAGAAAUCGUAGAGCAAAUUGAUGAAGCUCUUGAGGCCUUAAAACAGGCAGAGCAGAUUUACGAGUAUAACUAUAGUGUGGUAGACAAGAGAACUUGUAAAGUCAAGAGAAACAUUGCUCUUCUGUUUUUGAAAGCAAAUAAAUAUGACGAAGCUUUAGAAGAGCUCAAAGAAGUGGAAGAGUUAGAAAAGAGUUUAUAUGGAGAUAAUAGUGUAUAACUCGGAAAGACUUUCAAGGUCAUUGGUACUUUGUAUCUAAUCAAUAGCAACCCGAGCGAGGCUAGGGAUUAUUUAAUGAGAGCUCACUCAAUCUUUGAAUCAAAAGGUUUGUUAAAGCUUCUCAAGGAAGUCAAAAACAAACUAAAGAUGCUUAACUCUACAGUAAAACUGGCAGCAGAUGCAGUAGCUGCUGAGGCUUUAGACAGUGGAGAUGACUCAGGGUAAGGCAGUCCAGAGAGAAAAAGUGCAGAAGCAGCUUUCAAAGCUAAAAAGAAGAAGGGGCUUAAAAAGAAGGUCAAGAAGACAGUAUUUAGAAACAACUUUAUUAAGGAAAGCGAUUCCAAUCAAGCCUAGUGA